GCUACGAACUACACACAUUCUUCUUUACCAGUCCCCUCCCUCUUUCGUAAAUUACCGGCUAACUUGCAGCAAGCUUCGCUACCAGCUCCAAGUGAAAAUGGUGCGCAUCGAGCUGACCGACCGCAACCUGAUCGACCUCUGCGCCGCGACGCAGCUGGCGCUGGGCGCCCACGCGCUGGCGGCCCCCGACAACUUUAUGGACGUCAACUUCGGCCCCAAGCUCAGCCACCCGGGCCGCGUGCUGGCGCCGCCCGAGCUGACUCGCUGGAACGGAGCCACCAUGGUCACACUGGGCGCCAUGGGCCUGGCCGCCCGCAACGGCCUGACACCCGAGGGCAAGCGGCGCUGGUUCCAGACCGGCGGCGUGGCCUCCGCGGCGUGCGCGGCGCUGUCGGCGGCCGACACGCUGCGGGGCCGCAAGCGCAAGUCCGUGGGCUGGACUCACGCCGGCGCCCUCGCCACCAUCGCCGGCCUCAAGCUGUGGCGCGGCUUCAAGCGCAACAACAGCCGCGUUAAGGCCGAAAUCUAAAUACUUUAAGCAUAGUAAUGGGAUAGAGGACAUAAACAUAAGUAGUUGGAUAAGAGAAAGUUUGACUUCAAUGCUGUGCGGUUGCUGCAGCGGGUGCGGAGGUGUGUGGGAUGAUGGUGAGCAUGUGGUGAUGGACAGGGAGAGGCAGCGGCAGUAGCAGCGGCAGUAGCACGAGCAGGGGGGCGUUGGCAGGGCGUGUAUCAGCAGACGACAGCUGGCAGUUGUUGCGUUGUAAAAGGCAGGUGCGGCAGCUUGGGGUUAUUUCAGGGCGCUGCUGCUGGCCGACGGCGGUCAAGGAGUUCGUCAGUGUGAAUGCCCGCCAGAACGAGGGGCAUGCCGCGGUGCCCUUGCGGAUGCGUGUGAGUGUGUGAUGGGACAGGGUUCAGGCAGGUUGGCGAGGUCCCAUAGGGUGCAGCUGACGCCCGUACCCCAAGCAGACAGCAAACAGUUUGCAGCGGCAGAGCAGGAGUGCAUGGCUGGUCGAACGCCGGAGUUACUGUACCGACAAGUUGCUGGCUGGCUGGAAGUUUGCUGAUGCGCAUUCCUCACGCUCCGGGCGCCCGGCCAGGCGAUAGCACCACACAGACACACCACAACGCCACACUCGGAUGCGUGUGAUGUGUGUGGGGCACAAUGUGACGGUGCGGCGCUAUGGGGGUGCGUGUCUCAAGGGCUAGAUAGGUAGAGCGCCUCGGCGGAUGCAGGACACGGGGCGGAUGGGUGGAGGCGUUGGCAGGGCGCCGGCACGCAUGCAGGGGGUGGUACGCGCGACGGCCGGCGAUGGUUCGUCGUGACACACGCACACGCACACACACAGAACAAACACACGUGUAGCAAGAUUUCAUUGGGUAUCUGCGUGUCUUGA